CGCAACCGUGGUUUUGUUAAAUAUGUUCCUUAAAGUCCCAUCACUGUGCGCGCGCUACAGGUAUAAAGAGACCGAAAUAGAGACUUCUCCACAGUUUGAGAUACCAAAAAUCAUUCACCAGAUCUGGCACGACUACAGAGUUCCCAAAAUAAGCGUAAAUUGGAUGAAAAGCUGGAUGCAGAACCACCCUUCGCCUGAAUGGGAAUACUGGUUUUGGACCAAAGCCGACUGGGAAUAUUUGAUAAAAACACGAUUUCCUAAUUUCUACGAACAAUAUCAUGGUUUUCAGCGAGAAAUAUUUCGUGCUGAUAUCAUACGACAUUUUAUUAUGUACGAAAUAGGCGGUAUUUACGCCGAUCUCGAUAUUAUUAAUUUGCGCACAAUUGACAACUUUAUUUUGAAUAAGUCAUGUGUUCUUUCCCUAGAGCCUUUUGAACAUAGCUUCUUUCUCUAUGAAAAACCCGAUGGAUUGGUCAGCACAGCAAUCUUGGCCAGCAGACCACGUCACCCUUUUUUCAAGACAAUAGUUCAUGAAUACCAGAGAGUUUCCCCUAAGGAUGAGAAGACCCAGACAGACCCCGUGGGCGUAACUGGACCUGUGAAAUUUGAUAGGUUAUAUCGCGAAUAUCUCAAGUCCAACAUGACACGAUAUGAAGACCAAAUAUAUUUGGCGGAUCCAAAAUAUCUUAUGCCAAGUUACGACAAAGUGCGCAAAGGUGAAAUUAAAACUGCAUGUAACAAUUUAAGACGAAGAAUAACAGAUAAAAGCCAGAAUCAACAAACUCGAAAACUUUGUGCAUAUUUGGUAAAGCACUGGUUUACGCCCCCUCCACCUUCAACUGCUUAUUGCGACCAUCUAUGGAUCCAUACGUAUCUAAAUAGUAACCAUCUGGUUUAUUCUAACGUCUAUGACAUCGCAUCCAAUAUAUCGAUACAGGAAAGGCUAGGGAAGCUUUUUAACAUUGAAGUUGUUUAAACAAUUAAAAUUUUGAAUUUUAUUUUUGUUGUCGUUGUUGUUGUUCCUAUAGCAU